UUCAGUACGCGCAGAAAUGUCCGAUACAAACGAUCGUCAAUUGGCAAAAGAGCUGCGAACGCGGCGACAGCAUCGCACAUGCGUCAACGGUUUAUUCGGCGUCGCAACUUUAACCGUCGCGUUAUUUCUAUUUACGCUCUGUCUUCGUUUCGACACGAGCGCGGCGCGCACGGCGGAUGUGUUGAAGGUGGAGCUGCCACAUGGCGGAGUCCUGGUCGGCCGCCAUCGCACCUCGCACAGUGGCCGACACAUGCGCGCCUUUAUGGGCGUGCCGUAUGCGCUGCCGCCAGUGGGCGAAUUGCGCUUUAAGCCACCUGUACCGUAUGGCGCAUGGGCUGGAGAGAAACAUGUCAUUAAGGAUUCACCAAUUUGUAUGCAGCGUGAUCCUUAUCGUCGUGAUAUGGAAAUCGAAGGUAGUGAGGAUUGUCUGUAUCUAAAUGUGUAUACGCCGGAGGAACACAAUCAGACGGGUCUCUUGCCUGUCAUGAUCUAUUUUCACGGUGGCGGUUUUCAAUGUGGUUCCGGCGUUAGCAGCUUUUAUGGACCGGAAUUUUUACUCGAUCGCGAUGUUAUUUUGGUGAUCGGCAACUAUCGUGUCGGCCCACUCGGUUUUCUGAGUACUGAAACGCUCGAUUGUCCCGGUAAUUUCGGUUUGAAAGAUCAAGUGGAGAUUUUACGUUGGGUACAGACAAAUAUCGCAGCCUUUGGUGGCGAUCCACAAAGUGUAACGAUAUUUGGUAAUAGCGCAGGUGGCGCCAGUGUUACAUACCAUAUGCUCUCGAACUCUUCUAAGGGUCUCUUCCACAAAGCCAUUAUACAAUCGGGCACUUACUACAACCCGUGGGCGCAACCACAGUACAAAGGUAUUUCAGCGAGGCGCACACGGCAAGCCGCACAAUUAGUGGGUUGUGAUGAUCAAGCAAAGUGGCCGGAACUAUUGAAGUGCUUGCGUGACGCAAGCGCCGAAAAAGUAGUUGCUACCGUCUACCAGUUGUUCGAAUGGGACUUUGAUCCCAUGGUGCCAUAUCAACCGGUUGUGGAGCCACCACAUGAGGGCGCUUUUCUCACUAUUUCACCACGCGAAGUUGAAAUACCGCACGGCUUCUCGCUACCUAUAAUGAUUGGCGCCACAUCCGAGGAAGGUCUACUUAAGACUGCUCCGCUGCUUAAUGUGCCUGGCGUUUUAGAUGACUACAAGCAAAAUUUCGAUUGGAUACUACCAAUUCAACUGCAAUACGAUCACCAUGCACCAGAAGUACGUAAAGAGAUGACGCGUAAAAUCGUAGAGUUCUACUUCAAAGAAGGACAUAACUAUGACAAAUACAAUCACCAAAAUAUAACUGAUCUCAUCUCAGAUGGCUGGUUCAUUGCGGGUAUCGAUGAGUACUUACGCCAGCGCGUGCUAGCCGAAAAAUCUAUGAAAAUGCCUCCCUUCUAUGUGUAUCUUUUCGAACAUCGCAGUCCAGCAAGUUUCUCUGAGCUCUUCAAAGGCGGCAGAGAGGAUUAUUAUGGUGCUUGUCACGCUGAAGAGCUACAAUACCUAUUCCCUGUAGCUCUAGAGUUAUUUGUCAGUGCGUCACCGACAAAAUCUGAUAGAGAUCUGCGCGAAGCCAUGCUCGAUAUGUGGGUUAAUUUCGCUAAAGAAGGCAAUCCAACUCCUGCUCACUCAAAACUCACACACUGGGACCCGACAACUGGCUAUCCGGUAAACUAUGCCCGCUUGGGUCACAAAACACCCGAGGAGUUCACCAUCCUACAAAUGGAACGUGACAUUUAUGCCGAUCGCGUGGAGUUCUGGCAUAAACUUAAAGCCCACAUUCCAGCCGAGGAGCGCAAGGAAAACCUAAGAGAUGAAUUGUGAAGUAAAAUUUCUACUAAGAAAUAAAUAAUAAUAAUUAAGUGUAAAUAUAGCAGCGAAAAGUCUUCGUAUAAGAUAAUUUCGAAAUGUGUAAAACCAAUAUUCAUUACUAUGUACAUAUUUUAAUGUAAAUGAGAUUAAUAACUUUUUUUAUAAUUUUGUAAAUCAACAGUAAAGUGUGUUAGUUUUUAUAGUGGUAUAUA